AUGGCGUCCUCCUUCACACUCCUGGCUCGCCAUGCGCCGAAAAGGCUAUAUUUCGGCCCCUCGUCUUCCUCCGCACUCAGAGCCUCCUCAAUUGCUGGGCUAAGAUCGAUAUCUGCCUCGUCUGCUCUCAAUGCCACCCCAUCCUACCGCCCCACGCGACUCAUCCCCACGGAUCCAGACUUCGCACCGGGCGGCCCGAAACAUCAGCCCAUCAAACCUCCCGGGUCAUAUGCGGAGCCCUCCGCUCUCGAGUCCGAAGUUGGCAAUGGUCGUAAGAUCCGUCAUUACACAGUCAACUUCGGUCCUCAACAUCCGGCCGCUCACGGUGUGCUGCGGUUGAUCCUGGAGCUCAAUGGAGAGGAGAUCGUUCGUGCAGAUCCGCAUGUGGGCUUGCUGCAUCGCGGUACGGAAAAGUUGAUUGAAUAUAAAACGUACAUGCAAGCGUUACCAUAUUUCGAUCGGUUGGACUAUGUCUCGAUGAUGACGAAUGAGCAAUGCUUUUCGUUGGCGGUGGAGAAACUGUUGAACAUAGAGAUUCCGGAACGGGCAAAAUGGAUCAGAACGAUGUUUGGGGAAAUCACUAGAAUCUUGAACCAUCUCAUGUCGGUAUUAUCGCACGCCAUGGAUGUUGGUGCAUUGACUCCCUUCUUGUGGGGUUUCGAGGAGCGUGAGAAAUUAAUGGAAUUCUACGAACGUGUUUCCGGAGCCCGUCUACAUGCAGCAUACAUCCGACCUGGUGGUGUCCAUCAAGACAUCCCCCUUGGCCUUUUAGACGAUAUCUACCAAUGGGCGACUCAAUUCGGCGACCGCAUCGACGAAACUGAAGAACUGCUCACCGAAAAUCGUAUCUGGAAAGCUCGAACCCAGGGAAUCGGCGUCGUUUCCGCCGCAGAGGCUCUCAAUUACAGCUUUAGCGGAGUCAUGCUCCGUGGCUCCGGUGUUCCAUGGGAUGUCCGCAAAUCCCAACCCUACGACGCCUACGACCAGGUCGAAUUCGACGUGCCUGUGGGUGUCAAUGGAGACUGCUAUGACCGCUAUCUGUGUCGCAUGGAGGAAUUCCGCCAAUCGCUUCGCAUUAUCCAUCAGUGCUUGAACAAGAUGCCCGCUGGACCCGUUCGCGUGGAGGAUUACAAGAUCUCCCCGCCGCCCCGCGCUGCCAUGAAAGAGAACAUGGAGGCUCUCAUCCAUCACUUCCUGCUUUUCACAAAGGGAUAUGCGGUUCCUCCUGGCGAAACAUACUCUGCAAUCGAGGCACCCAAGGGUGAAAUGGGUGUUUUCCUUGUCAGCGAUGGUAGCGAGCGACCAUACCGAUGCAAGAUCCGUGCUCCGGGGUUUGCCCAUUUGAGCUGUUUCGAUCAGAUCUCUAGAGGACACCUGCUCGCUGAUGCUGUUGCCAUUAUUGGAACCAUGGACCUCGUGUUCGGUGAAGUAGACAGAUAA